GUCUAGCCGUCAGCUGUUGAGGCGCGAUGGCGGAUUCGCUGUGCAGUUGGUGUGUAAAUCAGCUCAAGAGCGACUUCGGGUUGGAUGUGAGCGACGACAUCGUUCAGUACAUCUUGUCCAUUGACAACGCGGAGGAGAUCGCCGAGUACGUCGGGGACUUGCUGCAGGGGACUGAUGGCAAGAAGAAACAGUUCAUCAACGAGCUCCUGGAGCGAUGGCGCCAGUCGCGCAGACCGUCGCCAGGCAACGGCGGUUCGUGCCCCAAGAAGGGGGCUUUUCCAGAGGCCCCCGAUGGGGCAAAGGACUCACUGAGGAAGUCCAAGCGGAAAGGGCGGAACAAGCAGGAAGUAACGCCCGUGACGGAACCGGAGCCGGAGCCAGAGGAUGUCAAGACGCCCAUUGAUCUCUUGAAGGCCCAGCAGGCACAGAAGGGCGCCGGUGUCUCCUCGGGGAAGAAGACGACCAAGUUUGUGAGCCUGUAUGGCAAGGAGGGGCAGGAUAGGCUGGCGGUCAUGCUGCCGGGGCGCCACCCGUGCGAUUGCCUGGCGCAGAAGCACCACCUGGUCAACAACUGCCUGACGUGCGGGCGCAUCGUGUGCGAGCAGGAGGGUUCAGGGCCGUGCCUCUUCUGCGGCAGCUUGGUGUGCACCAAAGAGGAACAGGAGGUUCUGCAGCGCGACUCCAACAAAAGCCAGAAGCUGCGCAGGAAGCUCAUGGGAGAUCACGGGACGCCAUCCGAGGCUGCGGAGAGGGAGCACCUGCCCUCGCAGGAAGCCCGGAUGAAGGCCGGGUUGGAGAAGGCUGUGCAACACAAGGACAAGCUGCUGGAGUUCGACCGGAACAGUGUGCGGCGCACUCAGGUGCUGGAUGACGAGUCCGACUACUUUGCCACGGACUCGAACCAGUGGUUGUCGCAGAUGGAGAGGGAGGCACUGCGGCGGCGGGAGGAGGAGCUUCGGCAGCUGCGCCACGCCUCCCGGCGGGACAGGAAGAUCACCCUGGACUUUGCAGGCAGACGAGUGUUGGAGGAAGGCGCCAACCUGGGCCAUUACUACAGGAAGUUUGAUGAGGCUGUCCAGGCCGUCAAGGAGGGUUUUCUGACCGCGAGCCAUGGUUCGAGCACGACCGAGGGCCGCCAACACCUGCGGGAACUGCUCAACCCCAACAUUGCACAUGUGGCACCAGUGUGGGUGGAUGUGAGUAGCCAUGGCGUCCCAAAGAAGCCCCCAGGGAUGGAGUUAACAGCAGGUGCCGAGCGGACCAGGCUGCGGCUGCAGGACCCGGAGCUCCAGGAGAUGGUGGAUGGAGGCUGGUGUCUCAGCAUGCACCAACCCUGGGCCUCACUGCUUGUCAAGGGCAUUAAAAGGGUGGAGGGCCGCACCUGGUACACCCCUCACCGCGGGCGUCUGUGGAUCGCAGCCGCCGCCAAGAAGCCCACUCCCCAGGAGACCAGCCAAGUGGAGGCAAUGUACCGCCAGCUCUACGGCAAAGAGCUCCAGUUCCCCAAGGAGUACCCUACAGGCUGCCUGCUGGGGUGUGUCGACCUCGUGGACUGUCUUCCCCAGGAGCAGUAUAGGGAGCAGUUCCCCAACACAUGCGAGGAGUCUGCAUCGUCCUUCGUGUUUGUAUGCACAAACCCCCAGGAGCUGCUCAUUAAGUUCCCCAUGAAAGGGAAGCACAAGAUCUGUAGGUUCCAGCUGCCACACACACACAGUGGUUUCAACAGUGUGGCAUGUAGUGUGUGUACACUGUGGACUGGAACAGCGCUCCUGUAAUACUCAUUCUCAGACAGGGCUCACAUCCACAGACUAGUUAGUGAGUGUCUGCUGCACUGGUGACUCAGCGCUUCUCCAGCUGCCUUUAGGGCUCUGUUCUCAAUUCCUUCUGGGAUUUGAACCGGAGGCACCAUAUGCACCACCCACCCUACCGGGCAGGGAUAACGGUCCUAAGGGGAAUGCUGUACACACCACAGCUGGCAGUCAGCAAGUGUCCUCACCUUACUGACCACAUUUGUGUCCAGGUUCUCCAACGGGCUCCUUUAACGCCUCGUCUUUCUCUCUCUUUCAGGGAAGCUGGACAGUGUGUAUCACCAAGGGGCCAAGAAGGGUUUGAUGGCUCCCCCAGCCGUGUGACACUGUGUGACCG